GCAACUGGAUUACAACCAGAUCAGCUGUAUUGAAGAUGGGGCAUUCAGGGCUUUGCGCGACCUGGAAGUGCUCACUCUCAAUAAUAACAACAUCACUCGGCUGUCCGUGGCAAGUUUCAACCAUAUGCCCAAACUUAGGACAUUUCGUCUUCACUCCAACAACCUCUACUGUGAUUGCCAUCUGGCCUGGCUGUCCGACUGGCUGCGGCAGCGGCCACGGGUUGGCCUCUACACCCAGUGCAUGGGGCCAUCCCACCUCCGGGGACACAAUGUAGCUGAGGUCCAAAAACGGGAGUUUGUCUGCAGCGAUGAGGAAGAAGGUCACCAGUCCUUCAUGGCUCCGUCCUGCAGUGUCUUGCAUUGCCCUACUGCAUGCACCUGUAGUAACAACAUUGUGGACUGUCGUGGGAAAGGCCUUACUGAGAUCCCAACAAACCUUCCAGAAACCAUUACUGAAAUACGGUUAGAACAAAAUUCAAUCAAGGUCAUACCUCCUGGAGCUUUCUCACCAUAUAAAAAGCUUCGAAGAAUUGACCUGAGCAAUAACCAGAUCUCUGAAGCAGCUCCAGAUGCUUUCCAGGGCUUACGUUCACUUAAUUCACUGGUCCUGUAUGGGAAUAAAAUUACAGAACUUCCAAAGGGCCUCUUUGAAGGACUCUUUUCUCUGCAACUGCUAUUAUUGAAUGCCAACAAGAUCAACUGCCUACGAGUUGAUGCUUUUCAAGAUCUGCACAACUUGAAUCUUCUUUCUCUGUAUGAUAAUAAGCUUCAGACGAUUGCAAAAGGCACCUUCUCACCCCUGCGUGCAAUUCAGACCUUGCAUUUGGCUCAGAACCCAUUUAUCUGCGACUGCCAUCUGAAGUGGCUGGCGGAUUAUCUUCAUACAAACCCCAUUGAGACCAGUGGUGCCCGUUGCACCAGCCCCCGCCGUCUGGCAAACAAAAGGAUUGGCCAGAUCAAAAGCAAGAAAUUCCGCUGCUCAGCUAAAGAACAGUAUUUCAUUCCAGGCACUGAAGAUUACAGAUCCAAAUUAAGUGGAGACUGCUUUGCAGAUUUGGCUUGCCCUGAGAAAUGUCGCUGUGAAGGGACCACAGUGGACUGCUCCAAUCAGAAACUCAACAAAAUUCCUGAUCAUAUCCCCCAGUACACAGCAGAAUUGCGACUAAAUAACAAUGAAUUUUCAGUCCUGGAAGCUACUGGAAUCUUUAAGAAACUUCCUCAGCUGCGUAAAAUAAACCUGAGCAACAACAAGAUUACAGAUAUCGAAGAAGGAGCAUUUGAUGGAGCCUCUGGUGUGAAUGAACUAUUGCUCACUAGUAACCGCUUGGAAAAUGUUCGACACAAAAUGUUCAAAGGACUAGAAAGUCUCAAAACACUGAUGUUGAGGAGCAACCGUGUGAGCUGUGUGGGAAAUGACAGCUUCACGGGUCUCAGCUCAGUUCGCCUGCUCUCGCUGUAUGACAACCAGAUCACCACCGUGGCACCCGGCUCCUUUGAUACACUACAUUCGCUCUCUACGUUAAACCUCUUGGCCAAUCCUUUCAACUGCAACUGCCAUCUCGCAUGGCUUGGAGACUGGCUAAGGAAGAAACGCAUUGUGACGGGGAAUCCUCGCUGCCAAAAACCCUACUUCCUCAAAGAGAUUCCCAUCCAGGAUGUAGCAAUUCAGGAUUUUACAUGUGAUGAUGGAAAUGAUGACAAUAGCUGCUCCCCACUGUCCCGCUGUCCUGCAGAAUGUACUUGUUUAGACACAGUAGUUCGCUGCAGCAACAAAGGCCUAAAAGCUUUGCCUAAAGGCAUCCCCAAAGAUGUAACUGAACUGUAA